CACAAGUUUAAUUAAGUUUAAUUAAGUAAGUAAAUAGUUUAAUUUAAAUGCAAAUCUCCAUCUAGGAAUCAGUCUCACCAUGGAAGGCUGCAUUUCCUUUCGUCUUCUUGGAAACCUGAGCCUGAAAACCUCUUCAUCCCAGAAACGGACUCUGGAUUUUUGAAAAUCUAAAGCAAACGGUUGACUGAAGUUUACUCAACUCCUUUUAGCUUAGAUUUUUUUUUCAUGCACCUUUUGAGUUUCCUGAGUGCAGGUGCCCCCCCAAGGCCGUUUCCUUUUCGCCGUUUCCAUGUGUGCCCCAGUCUCCUAAGUCCAGCCUGCAAGCCCUGUGGCGCGCGGCAGACUUUCCGCUUCCUCGUGGCCCCCAGCCUGCCCUGCGCAACAGACCACGCCGGGGGGCUGCCCCCGUCGGGAGCCGCCUGUCCCCACGGUAGCCGGUGCCAGGGGCCCAGCCUCGUACUCGGCCCAGGGCUGGGUUUGGCCGUUCCCACAGCUCCUCGCCCCGCUGCUGUGGCUGCUGAGAAGGGUUUGGUGUGACACUCUCCUGGCAUGUCCUAACUUGGUUCCCCACCCAGCGCGCUCCUGAGAGCGCCAGGAACUGCCGGCUGCACUUCGCCGCGCUCCGACGUGACUCUCGCAGGGUAAUUGAGGCGCUCGGGCUCGGGCUGGGAAAAGCUCCCUAGACGCGGCUGGAGGCGAUUUCCACUUGCUGGGGGGAUCGGCACCAACAUGUGCUGUUUAUACUAUUAGACUAGGAAUCCAGAAAUCUGUGAUGUAUUGCCAGCCCUGCCACAGACUCUACAUAUGAACCUCAGCAAAUCACUUAACUCACAAGUGCCUCAGUUUCCCCAUCUGAAAAAGGGGAGAAUAAUACCCACUUGGCUUAGGUACAUUUCAUUGGUGCAUGAAUGGAAAUUUAAAAGGUUUGUCACUAAAUAUUGGUGAAAAUGGAAACCUCAUCUAUGCUUUCAUCUUUACACGAUGAAUGCAGAUCAGACAAUUACAUUGAACCCCAUUACAAGGAAUGGUAUCGUGUAGCUAUUGAUGCUUUAAUUGAAGGAGGUUUAGAAGCCUACCAAGAAUUUCUUUCCAAAGAGAGAUGUUCAGAGUUCCUAGCAGAAGAAGAAAUUAAUUAUAUUUUGAACACUGUUCAGAAACUUCCUCAAAACACAGUUUAUUCCUCUGACAAUGCUGUUGAUGAUACCUCUUCCUCGGGAACUUAUUGGCCUAUUGAAUCUGAUGUGGAAGCUCCGAACCUUGACUUGGGCUGGCCCUAUCUGAUGCCUGGAAUGUCUGGAGGUACAAAUAUUGAUCUACUUUUUCAUCCACCACGAGUACAGCCUUUCACAAUAAAGGAAACUAUUAGGAAGAUGAUAAGAGAAGCAAGAAAGGUCAUUGCCAUAAUUAUGGAUAUGUUUACAGAUGUGGAUAUCUUCAGAGAAAUUGUAGAGGCAUCUACUAGAGGGAUUGCUGUGUAUAUUCUGCUUGAUGAGUUCAACUUCAGUCACUUUCUUAAAAUGACAGAAAAACAGGGCUUUCAAGUUCAGAGAUUCAGGAACAUGAGGGUGCGGACAGUAAAAGGACAAGAGUAUUAUUCCAAAUCAGGGGCAAAAUUCCAUGGAAAAAUGGAACAGAAAUUUCUUCUGGUUGACUGUAAGAAAGUCAUGUAUGGUACUUACAGCUUUAUGUGGUCAUUUGAAAAAGCCAACCUCAGCAUGGUUCAAGUUAUCACAGGACAACUGGUUGAAUCCUUUGAUGAAGAGUUUAGGACGCUGUAUGCCCGUUCCUCUGUUCCUAGUUCAUUUGCCCCAGAAUUAGUUAGGAUAAAUAAUCACAGGAUACUCUGGGAGAAUGGCACAUACCAGCAUUCACAGUCUUCUUUAGCUUCAGUCUCCAGCCAACGAAACCUUUUUGGUAGGCAAGACAAAAUUCACAAACUAGAUCCCAUUUACUUGAAAACUCGAGGAAGAUAUGCAGUGAAUGAAAUAGAUACAUAUGGUUUGAGAAAUCAAACCCACAACAAACUACCCUUUCAUCCAGGUUUUAACAUGAAAAAUAAAAUUCAGCAGUAUCAACCCAGUGAACAAAAUGAGCAUUGGAAGAGACAUAGUUACGCUGGGGAAAACCCAGAAAGGACUCCUUACUUUUUGCUACACAGAGCUAUUAAUCGGACCAAUAAUUUAUCAAAUACUUGGAAGAUGCCAUCUGAUAGCCUUAGUAUUGUAUCUUCAUUAAAGGGAGGCUAUACAAACAACUGCAAUGCACCCCAACAAAGUUUUGCCAAUCGGUUUGCACAGCCAAAGAUAAAUAUUGCAGAAAGAAAUUCAAUUGUACGGAGGUCUUUCAGUGGAACAGAUAAUCAUAUCCGCUAUCUGCAACAGAGGAUGCCAACCCUUGAACACACUACAAAAUCAUUUCUACGUAACUGGCGAAUUGAGUCAUACUUAAAUGAUCAGUCAGAUUCCUCUGCAGAUUGCAAUGGAUCAGCAGUCAGUGACAGGUAUGAGGGCUAUGACACAGCUGAAAAUAUUAAAGCUCAUGCCCUUUAUUCUCAUUCUCGCCUGAGGUCAUCAUUAGCUUUUAAGCCAACUUUGCCAGAACAGCAGGAAGUAAGCAGCUGUACAAGUUCUUCAAAUUCAACUAUCGUUGGUUCAGAGGGAAGUGAAACACCUAAAGGGACACCCAAUCAUAUCCCAAUUGUGAAAAAUGUGACCGACAAAGAAUCAGCAGAGGUCAGAACUAAUGUCCCACCUGACUCAGAUGAACCGAAAAAGCCUGAAAUGCAGGUUGCAGAAAACAAAAAACCUAUUUUAUAUCCAAAUGCCACUAGGGACCCAUCUACCUACAUGUACACAGCCUUUUAUGUAAACAGACAGGCAGAAAAUGUAAAGAACCAUCAAAAUGAAAAUAUACUAAAAAGGCGAAGUUUCCCUAUGUUUGAUAACUCCAAGUCCGCUUUGGAUCAUGGUGUCAACAAGCAGGCGUCCAGCUAUGUGUACAGCACACUGACUAGGCAGAGACUUAAGCGGCCGGAAAAUCUAAAGCCCCCAGAAGAUACAAUAAAAAACUCUAAAAGCUUUCACAGUGUGACCAACCACAUAGAACGUGAAGAUAAAAAUCUCAAAGGAGAAUCAAAGAGCCCCACUACCACGAAGGCCAUCUCUGUGGCUGCUCUAGCUGAAGAUAGCAAAGAGGAACCUAGCAAACAAUGUACUUUAAAGAAAGAAAAUAAGAAUUCUCCAAGUUUCCUGAAAAAGGGAUCCCAGAAGCUGAGGUCAUUGCUGAAUCUCACACCAGACAAGAAGGAAAACUUAUCAAAAAACAAAGCUCCUGUGUUUUAUAGAAUGUGCAGCAGUUCUGACACGUUGGUUUCUGAAGGCGAAGAGAAUCAAAAGCCAAAAAUAUCUGAGACUAAGGCUGAUUCUUCUCCAAGAAAAAAGAGGAUCACAUCAUCCAAUUCACAAGGCAGCUUGCAUAAAAGUAAAGAGGAUGUCACUGUGAGCCCACCCAAGUCUCCCAAGCCACCCAAGUCUCCCAAGCCACCAACGUCUCCCAAGCCACCAAAGUCUCCAAAACCUCCAUUUGAUGAAAGCAGUAAAAAGUGCCCUACUUUAUGUCCCCCUGAAAAGUUCUUAGAAACUGUAGGAGAUGCAUCCACUCCAAGAUUUAAUACUGAACAGAUCCAAUACCAAGAGGUGAAAGAAGCUAUAACUAAUGCUACACAGGAAACUGCACCCGUUUCUAGUUCUCCACAAAGAGUAAGCACAAUGACAUCCCAGUCUGGAAACUCAAAGCACAAAGAGGAGUUAUUAAGAUCUCGUUUGAGUGAAAGACGUGUUUAUAGUCGCUUUGAGCCAUUCUUGAAGAUGGAAAGUUCUGGUCAGCCAGCAAGAAAUACACCCAAGACCAGUACACAGCCCCCAGAAACAAAAAGCAAAACCUUAGGGAAUAACUAUGCAACGGGCAAUCAGGUGGCUCAUUACAACUCAACCGUAUACCAUCCAUUACAGCCAAAUGAAAACAAGCUUCGAGGAUUUAUGCAAAAGUUUGGAAACUUACUAUACAAAAACAAAUAAAACCUAUAUAGUCUGAGGACUGUGUGAAAAAUAGCAAAGGCAGCAGGGCUGUAAGUAUUGAACUGAAUUGGACAGAUAGGCAGGCCUGUAAAGUUUACAAGGGUUUCUGCAGGGGUUAGAACCUUGGAAUUGAUGUAUAUGUUUUUAUAUAAUAAACCUAGAGUUAUUAUACUUCAGUCAUUGCACAAGUUCUGUGUCUAAAAGAUGUUUUAAAUGCGAUGUUUAUAAUGUUUAUACUGUAAGAUUAAUUUGAGAUAGAUACUUUCCCUCAUGCAGAAAGUGUGUAAUAAUAUCUUAUAAGUGUGAAAAAGAGGGAGGAGGUUUUUUAAACUCUAAUAUUUUUUUCAAAAAACCUGUCGUUUAAAAAUAGAAUAAUACUGGGAUAAGUGGUCUGCUGUGUCUUUUCAGCAUUUAUGUACUCUUGAAAGUGAUAAAAGCAGAUGUUAAUUAAUUGCAUGUUACUUAGCCAUUUAAACUAAUUUUUGAAAACCUCUUACAGACUUUACCAUAUUACUGAUUGCCUCCACAGACUGCUGUACUGAACUGUGAGGAUAACAAAUUGAGAAUCUCACUUAUUGUACUGAAUAUUAUAUGUAAUUACA